AUGGUAUCUAUACCGAAAACCGUUGCUCUUGUUAUUGGAAGUACACGAGUUCCUCGUGUCGGAUCUCGUGUGGCGUCUCUCCUCCUCGACAAUCUCCGGCCGAAAGCCGAAAAGUCCAACAUCAAGCUCGCAACCGUUGAUAUUGCUGAAUUCAAACUACCCGUUUUCGACGAGAAUGUGAUUCCAGCAACAGUUCCUGCAAAAGCAUCGUUCGCCCAUGAUCACACCAAAGCUUGGAGUUCCGAAAUGGAAAAAUACGACGGGUAUAUUGUUUUAAGCCCAGAAUAUAAUUUUGGACCACCUGGAGGUCUCAAAAACGCCAUUGAUUAUUUGUACAAUGAGAUCAAGGGGAAACCCGUUCUCAUCGUUACAUACGGAGCAAAGGGGGGCAUUUUCGCGUCCGAGAUGUUGGACAAAAUCUUUAGCGGGAUGGGGUUACAAGUUUGUGCAACGCGGCCAUCCCUACCUUUCCAGGGACCAGAUAUCGCCUCCGCUAUGUCAGAGGGGAUACUGGCUGAUGCGACGAGACAGGCGUGGGAUCAAGGGAGGAUGACAGAAAUUUUCAAAGGGUUUACCGAGUUGGAGCAGGCGCUCAAGGCGAAUUCAGCAUGA